AUGGAACCUCGUGUUGCGAAUAAGUUUCGUCUUGGUAGGAAGAUCGGUAGUGGCUCCUUUGGGGAGAUCUACUUAGGUACUAAUAUUCAAACUAAUGAAGAGGUUGCAAUUAAGCUUGAAAAUGUCAAGACUAAGCAUCCUCAGUUGCUGUAUGAGUCGAAGUUGUACAGAAUUCUCCAGGGAGGAACUGGAAUUCCAAAUGUUAGAUGGUUUGGAGUGGAGGGAGAUUACAAUGUUUUAGUGAUGGAUCUGCUUGGACCUAGUCUUGAAGAUCUUUUUAACUUUUGUAGUCGAAAGUUAUCACUAAAGACGGUUCUUAUGCUUGCUGAUCAAAUGAUUAACCGGGUUGAGUUCAUUCAUACGAAAUCAUUUCUACACCGAGAUAUCAAACCAGAUAAUUUUCUAAUGGGUUUAGGAAGGCGUGCAAACCAGGUUUAUGCUAUUGAUUUUGGUCUGGCUAAGAAAUACAGAGAUAGUUCAACCCAUCAACACAUACCUUACAGGGAAAAUAAAAAUUUGACCGGAACUGCAAGAUAUGCUAGCACGAAUACUCACCUUGGCAUUGAACAAAGUCGAAGAGAUGAUUUAGAGUCUCUUGGUUAUGUUUUGAUGUACUUCUUGAGAGGGAGUCUUCCUUGGCAGGGACUUAAAGCAGGAACCAAGAAACAGAAGUAUGAAAAAAUUAGUGAAAAAAAGGUUUCUACAUCGAUUGAAGCCUUGUGUCGGGGUUAUCCAACAGAAUUUGCAUCUUACUUCCAUUACUGUCGCUCAUUAAGGUUUGAUGACAAGCCAGAUUACGCGUAUCUCAAAAGGAUAUUCCGUGACCUGUUUAUUCGUGAAGGAUUCCAAUUUGAUUACGUGUUUGACUGGACCAUCUUGAAGUAUCAGCAAUCACAGCUUGCCACACCUCCAGCACGGGCCAUCAUUCCUGGUACUGGAACCAGUUCUGCAAUGCCACCUGCUGUUACCAAUGCUGACAGACAUACAGGAGCAGAAGAAGGGCAACCCCCUGGUUUGGUAUCAGUGGAUUCCUCGAGGCGCAGAAUGUCAGGACCCGUUUUGAAUACUCUUUCAAGUGCCAAUGUCUUGGGUCAGUCAAGUGGAUCAUCCAGGCGAGUUGCUGUUUCUAGUAGCCGUGAUGCAUUUGUUGGUGCUGAAUCAGAUGUCCGUACACGCACUGCUGAGGCUAGCCCUGGAGCAGCACACCGAAUUUUGGGUGGGCAAAGAAGUUCACCGAUCGGGUCUUCUGAUCCUCAGAGAGUAACACGGGCUGGAAGAAAUGCUUCUCAUGCCAAUAAUUAUGAAAGUGCCCUUAGAGGCAUGGACGGUUUGCAGUUAGAAAAUGACGAGAGGACCCAUUAUUAA